CACUUCAUAUAAAAGACUGCACUGCAUUUUCAACGGACACAGAAAUGUUGAUCCCAUCUCUGUUUUUCCUGAGCUGCAGUCUUUCCCUGGGAGCAGGAUUCCGCAAAGGUAUGGAUAGUGUUGGGAAAAGGCAUUAUCAGAUUCAGCACGGACCUUGCAGCUAUUCCUUUUUGCUUCCUGAGAUGGAUAACUGCCGCUCGGUGCCAACUCACUAUGUGUCUAAUACUGUGCAAAGGGACGCUCCAGAAACAGAUAAUGAAGGGUCUAUGCAAAGGCUUCAACAACUUGAAAAUAUAAUGGAAAACAACACACAGUGGCUGCAGAAGCUUGAGAGCUACAUUCAAGACAACAUGAAGAGUGAGAUGGUGCAGAUGCAACAGAAUGCAGUGCAGAACCAAACAGCAGCCAUGCUGGAAAUAGGAACAAACCUCCUCACCAAGACAGCGGAGCAAACCCGUAAAUUAACAGACGUGGAAGCACAGGUUUUGAAUCAAACAUCUAGACUUGAGGUUCAGCUUCUGGAGAAUGCCCUGUCAACCCAUAAAUUGGAAAAAGAAAUAAUGGUCCAGACCAGCGAAAUUACUAAACUGCACCAGAAGAAUGGUUUACUGGAACAGAAAGUAUCAGAAAUCGAAGACAAGCAUGAAGUUGAACUCCAGUCACUUAAACAGGAAAAAGAGCAGCUCCAGAAGUUGGUGACGCGGCAGAACUCUAUCAUAGAGGAGCUUGAGAAACAGCUGGCUACAGCAACAUUGAAUAGCACUGUGCUACAGAAACAACAGUUGGAUCUGAUAGAGACUGUUCACAAUCUGAUCAACCUCGUAUCUCCUACCCACUCAAAGAGUUUAGUUUUAGCGAAAGAAGAACAAAUCCGGUUCAAAGAUUGUGCUGAAGCAUUCAAAUCAGGUCUCACAACAAAUGGCAUCUACACGCUCUUUAUACCCAACACCACCCAACCAAUAAAGGCAUUUUGCAAUAUGGAAUCUAGUGGAGGAGGGUGGACUGUGCUACAACGUCGGGAAGAUGGAAAUAUGGAUUUUCACCGCACUUGGAAAGAAUACAGAAUGGGAUUUGGUGAUCCUGCUGGAGAACAUUGGUUGGGAAAUGAAUUUGUCUACAAGUUAACCAGUCAAAAGAACUAUGCCCUCCGCAUCCAACUGAGAGACUGGGAGGGAAACGAGGCCUUUUCACUCUAUGACCAAUUCUAUUUGGCCAGUGAAGCACGAAAAUACAGGAUUCAUCUGAAAGGCUACAGUGGGACAGCAGGCAAGAUAAGCAGCAUCAGCCAACUAGGAAAUGAUUUUAGUACAAAGGAUUCAGACAACGACAAAUGUAUUUGCAGAUGCUCACAAAUGACAUCAGGAGGAUGGUGGUUUGAUGCGUGCGGUCCAUCCAACCUGAAUGGUCUGUACUAUUCAUUGGGACAGAAUACAAACAGAUUCAAUGGCAUCAAAUGGUACUACUGGAAAGGGUCAGGAUACUCUCUUAAAGGCUCUACCAUGAUGAUCAGACCUGCAGAUUUCUGAUCACAGAUUAUCAAACAUGGAUUGUUUUCGUCAGCCUUUUUGAUAUAUAAAGACAUUUUUUCAGCAAAUCCAUAAAGUUACAAUUACUAUUAUAUUUAUAAAGUUGACUAACAUAUAAACAAUGCAUUAGUAUUUUAAGGUGUCAGUUUAAAAGGAAGAAAAGCUGAUUUAAUGUUGGGAACCAAUGAACAAGCUUGUAAAUUACUGAAAUGUGCUUUGCAUCCAUUUUUAAUCAUAGUCCACUCACAUUUGGAGAAGCUUCUUUGAUCAGUAGACCAACACUGGCAAUACUAAAAUGUUGAAUCCCUUGAAGAAUAGGUUCUUUGUUUUAACUUAAAGGAAUUGCUAAUUAUGGUCAUCUGGGGAAUGUAGACUUUCAUAGUUUGUGAAUGCGUAAUGUAAACUUGAGCAGUGCCCAUCACUUUGAUUUCAGGAGACUAUUCUUCAGCCAAUCAUCGAUCUUCAAAGGAAAAGAAAAACUGGAACUGUGAAUGAUUAUGAUGUAACACUAUUAAAAAGUACCACACACUGUAAAAAGAAAAUGUAAUAUUUACUUCAAAAUAACACUAUGUUGUAUCUGAGCUUUUGCGAUCUUGCAACCCAGCUUUCCUCUCACAGAACACGCUGCAUCGCAUAACGAAUACUACACAAAGUUGAUAGAACUUGGGUUUGAUAACUUAAGUACAGCAGAACCAUGUUUCAUUGUAACGUGAGUUCAGUUGGGAUAUAGUUACCCAACUUACUUACCCCAAAAUAAUAAUCCUUACAUUUGAUAUAGAGCUUCAUCACGUCGGGCGUUGAGUCGUCUCAAAGCGCUUCACAGAAUAUACUGUAAAGUGGAUUGACUGUGUAUUUUUGUGGGUGAAACCCGGCAGUCAAUUCUGUGCAGCAAAAUCCUAAAAUGCAGGCGUCAGUCCAUCAAACCAAACUGCCAAUGGAGCUGGCUGUCUUUCUGUGCACGUUCACAAUGAAUGGGAAAGCACCGACUGGUAAUAUGCCCAGUUAUAGCAUUGGUUGGGAUUUUAUGGACCCCCCUAACUACCUGUGUUAUAGCAGGGCUCCAAUCUUUGGGAAAUUGUAAACAAUACCUGCCACUUAUCAACACUGAUCUGAAUCUUGGAUGACCUAUUGUAGGUUUGAGUUUCCUAAAUCAUUAGAAGAAGUUUAGCCUUCAAACGCAAUUAGGAUUUACUGUCACCACAGAAAUAAGAACUAAACCCAAAGGAUAUAGUUCUUAUGCCAUCUUAAGUCAUAAAUGAUGCCAUUUUGAUCUGGUGAUCUCCCCACAUUCCUCUGAAUUUAAGACUUUGCUGUGAGCUGAAUCCUGAGUUUUUUGACUGGAGGAGAUAUCAAAUAUCUUCAAUGGAAACUCGAGCGAUGCAGCAUAAAAAUGUAUGUUUAAGAGCUAUGGAGAGAAAAAUCAGUGCUUUGAUUAGGCUUUGUAGUUGUGGGCUAAACUUUCUUCAAAGAAAGAAACUAUACCUAUUGCAACAUUCCUCCUUAUUUAUUCAAUUUGCAGAUACAAUUAGGAUUAUCAUCACUGCACUAAAGAGAACGGUGGUGGGCCUCCAAAAGCUUCAACGUUCAGACCAACUUGAACAUUGUGUUAAAGAGCUCGUCAUCUUGCAUGGUCAGAUCAAAGCAACGACGCUUGGUAAAAUCCAAGUUGAACUAGGUAGUUGCUUUGCCGAUUGAAUCAAAAGAAACUAAGCCUAAACUUUGUUUAACAACAACAAAUGAAAUUUAUAUAGUAAUAAAUUUAAGUGAUAGGAAACAAACUGUUGCCUGAUUGUGUGAGCAUUCUUGGUUUGUCUGUAUUGAAAACUGAAGUUCUACAAUUAUAGUUCCCUCCAAUGGAAGAUAUGUACGCAUAUAAGAUUAGCACUACAGGUGAUCUAUGAGGAACAACCAAAUAAACAAGGGCUCUUCAGCCUUGAAAAGAGACAUCUUAGACUCUGUAGAAUCAUUUUAAGAGUCUAAUAAGUGUUGAAAUGUAAAUCCAGAAAAGUAUUUUCAGUUAUACUAAGUCAGCAGGACAAGAGGGCAGGUAAAGAUAAAUGCUAUAAAGGACAAUAUUAGGACAGAUACUAGCAAGCUUUUGUAAAAUUAAAUUAGUGCAUUCCAAGGUUCAUUGAUGUGCCAGAAAGACAGGUUAAAUGUCACCAGUGCCUGAAGUACUGAUAAUAUACUUGUCUCAGCAAUUGGAUCCUUGAGGCCACAACAGAAAAUAGGCACAGCUUUGUUCUCCCUUCACCAGGUGCAUCAUACAUGGCAUAAACUCAAUCCCCAACUCCUGUCUUACAUGCUCUUCCCUGAUGGGCUGAAUAGCCUCCUCCUGUUCUGCAAUGUUUAUAAAGGCGUGUGUGUACUUUUCUUGUAAAUAAAACAUGUAUAAUAA